CUUCCUCUUUCGAUUUUCAGUUUGUUUUGUUAAAGAUCUAUUAAUUAUCUAACCAAUGUUAUAGGUUAUAGAUUAUUUUGUCAAAGCUUAAAUGAUUUCCAAAGUGUUUAAAAAUGUGUCUCCUGAUACGGUAAAAAUAUUACUUAUAGUGCUGACAGUUGUGCUUUGUUUACUUGGAUCAUUAUCUGUUUUAGUUGUAAAAUUUCUAAUCGAGGAGGAGGCAGCGUUUAGAGAAGUCAAUCAUUUAUCCAACUGUUCGGUAUUUUGCGAGGAUUUGUCGCUCAGUCCGUACGAAGAUUACGAAACCUUUAACGUAAGAAAUAAACAAAUUCAGACCUCUCUUCACAACGAUAGAUACGUUUGCAGUACCAAGAAUAUUACCAAGAUCAUUAGUCAGAUUGUUGAACGAACAGGAAGGCUUAGAUUGUCCAAAGGUGAAGUUUCAAAGCAAUAUUUGCAAUGUGGGAACGAAAAUCUCAGAGAAAAAUCGAACAGUCAGGUUGCUUCGUUUCGAAGGAUAGAUCAUCAUCGACAAUUCAAAACAGGCGAGAAAGAUCAAGUUAUAUAUUGGCACAAGCACGCAGUCAGCACCUUCAUAUCAGAAGAACUACAUUACCACAAUGGCGAAUUAAAAGUACCAGAAACACGUGUUUAUUUUGUUUACACGUCGGUAUUAAUAAACGGAAGUUGCGCAGACAAUCGUCGCGGAGAUGUUUGCAACUACUAUGUACGGAUUUGUGCCAGAGGCCGAUGGAGCGAGCGAAUUCUUCUUCAGAAAAUGGGAGUUUACAACUCAACAGACGAGAGUUUUAUAACUUCUCUACAUAUCGGUACUCAUGUCUUACUCCAAAGACAUGACGCUGUUUUUGUAAGAAUAUCUGACGCAAGCCGAUUGAUUCCGGAAUCUGCCGGAAAUGUAUUUGGAAUUAUGCCAAUGCGAUAGCUGAACUUAUUUAUCAUUAACAAUCAAUCAGACAUAAUCAUCUAAAAUACAGCAAAAGAUAUUAUUUCAUUUAACAUGUCACUCGAGCGAAAUUAAAUAAAAUCUUCAUUUACAAAAAGUUUUUUUCUUAAUAAUAAUGUAACGAGAAUCAUUUAUAUUACGACUGUUAACAUGUAAAUAAAAUCUUUAUAAUCUU